AUGGAAUCCAAACGAUCCACGACCAUGCUGGCCCUCCUGCUCGCAGCCACUCGCGUCGCAGGCCACGGCCACGUCACCAACAUCGUCAUCAACGGCAUCUCCUACGAAGGCUGGGACAUCAACUCCUUCCCCUACAUGGACGACCCCCCCGUCGUCGCAGCAUGGGGGACCCCCAACACGGCGAACGGCUUCAUCUCGCCGCCCGACUACACCUCCUCCGACAUAAUCUGCCACCGGAACGCCACGAACGCCAAAGGCCACGCCACCGUCGCCGCCGGCGACCGCAUCAACCUACAGUGGACCGACUGGCCCGAGACACACCACGGGCCGGUCCUAGACUACCUGGCGGACUGCGGCUCCUCCUGCGAAACCGUCGACAAGACGAGCCUGCAGUUCUUCAAGAUCUCGGAGGUCGGGCUCGUCGACGACUCCUCGGUGCCGGGCGUCUGGGGCGACGACCUCCUCAUCGAGAACAGCAAUUCCUGGCUCGUGGAGAUCCCCGAGGACAUUGCGCCGGGGAACUACGUGCUCCGACAUGAGUUGAUCGCGUUGCAUAGCGCCGGCACGGUGAACGAGGCCCAGAAUUACGUGCAGUGUUUCAAUCUCGAGAUCACCGGGGAUGGGUCGGCGAGUCCCGAGGGCGUGUCUGCGACGGAGUUUUAUACUCCGACGGAUCCUGGCUUGCUGGUUAAUAUUUAUGAUACGUUGGACUAUGAGAUUCCCGGUCCGAGCUUGAUUGCGGGCGCCACGCCCAUUCUUGAUCAGACGACUUCUGCUAUCACGGCGACGGGCACGGCGACUGCUGGGGUUUGA